AACAACUCUAAAAACUAUUUGGAGUCUUUAUGUAAUUUUUUGGUAAUGAUUCGUUUGUUUAAGAGUCUCUGCUGAAGUAGCGUUGUGUUUGGUCUCAUUCUUCUUGCCCCUAGUUGCAUUCUUGGUUUCUUCUUGUUUGUCACGAUAUUCUGAAAUAAUAUCAUCAUCGUCAUCUCCUUCCCGUCUAUUUUAAUUGGCACGUUUACAAAGUACAAAUACAAAAUACGAGGUACUACUUUCUCUCCACAGUAAAACUUACUUAUUGAUGCAAAAUAUCUCUAAGCGUUAGAUUACAUAGCACGAAUUUUCCAAGAAGAGUAGAAGAUAAACCGUAUGCAUUCGUUUCAUAAAAACUGCAGAUCAUCUCACAUCUUGCGUCUUCGAUAAAGAACACAUUCAUUGUGGGCAAAAAAAGAAGCAGGCACGAAAUCGACGCAAACAACACCAGCCGACACCGAGAGAUGAAAAAACUCCAAUUCCCUGCUUGCGAAAUGUUCACCGGCCAUCGGUCUGUACAGCAAAAACUACAAGACGAAACCGUUACCGUGUUAACAGCCAACCCAACGGGGCGGAACAAGGAUCGCCUCUCUGUGAUGCCAACGAACUUACAAGAUUCGGAUUCCGCCGACGAGAUGGACAGCGGUCUCGCCGCCAUGACUUCCGCGGAUUCCGUGUCGGCGUGCCGAGGCAUAAUGUCGAAGGAACUGAUGCGCCUUUCGAGGAACAAACGCACCGCAUUGGAGGAGGAAAUCCACGGCGUCCGGAGCCUGGCGCCCGAGGAAACACCCUCCCUGGUGGAAGACUCUCUGCGGAGGCUUGCGAUCGAACUCGAGAAGGUCCUUCCGAAUUCGAAAAAGCAGGCCUACCUGACGGCGCAAAAGCAAUCCGACGCAUCCAGGAAAUACGUUGGGGAUCCGGAGUUUCGGCUGAGAUUUCUUCGGGCCGAGCUCUUCGAUGUCCACAGGGCGGCGCUGCGGAUGACCAAGUCCCUGGAGUGCCUGUUGCACAUGUUUGGCCCCUAUGCACUGGAGCGACCCAUCAAGCUGUUGGAUUUCACUUUUACGGAACUCAAAGCGUUCCGUGACGGCUCGGUGCAGAUUCUGCCGCACAGAGACCGGGCUGGUCGCAGGAUAGUCUUUUUCUCUCCGAACGUUUCCCUCGACGCGGACACAAACAAGAAUUGGAGCAAGAUGCGGAUUCUGCGGGUCAAAAUAGCCUUGUACCUUUCGUAUGUCCUUUCAGAGGACGUCGAAAGCCAACGCAAUGGUAUCGUUAUUUUGUUGUGGACAGACCGGAUGCCCGAGUGGCCCGGUGGGAGGCAUCCUGGUGUAUCGAAGCACCAGAGGGGAUUAAAGGCAAGCUCGGUUUUUUUUGUGCGGUGUAGUGCCCUUCACAUUUGUACUCCGAACACGCCCAGAUUCCGAGUGCUUCGAUCGAUCGUGCUCCUAGGACUUGGCAGGCAACGGUUGUGGGCAAGGAUUCACUUGGGUGAGUACAAAAAACACGAACACGAACGAUGAUAUUGUAAGAAUGUAUGCGUACCGUUAGCUCCAAGAGUGCGAAGAGUUUUGUUGUCGCCACCUCACCUCAUUGCUCAUACGCGUUCCAUGAUAACAAUGGAUUGAUCUUUCUGGUUCAGGCGAUCAAGCCGAGCUUAGAUAUUAUCUUCAGGGAUUCGGAAUUGCCGCCGAUGCGAUUCCCAAAAGCUGCACCGGGAAGGCCAAGGUAUGUUGUUUUGGACAUCAUAAGGAUUGCGUCGCGGGAUUCUUCUCAUUGUGUUGAUUCGAACCGUCUUCUGAUUCCCUUUGAAGCAGCCUAAUCACCUUUUUUGAAUCGAAAUCCUCUCCGAUGUAUUCCUUCUUGGUGCCGUUCUUCAUUCUCUCCAACAGCUACAAUACGUUAGGCAGUGGUUAACCAUUCGACAGUACCUCGAGAGUUCAUCCAUUUACACGGAUGGAUCCGUCAAAAGAGUCGGCGUUGAUUAUCCGUCCGCGCCGAUCGAGGCCCCUGGCUUGAAGGAUGUUCUAUUCAAGAAGGGGGCGUCCGCUUUCUACAAUCCCGGAAACGAGAGCUUUCGAAGCAUGAUCCAGGACCGGUACGAAAUCGAGCGUUCCCGUGCGGUUCUCGGCGGUGACCAAGGCUUCCAAAGCAUGCCGUACGGAGCCGUCGAAAGCGGAGGCGGGUCGGGGAUCAAGCGGCGGGUGGCCGCACACGUUAUGGACGAGUUCCGGCAGGGAAACCUGCGAGCCUUGAUUUGGAACGAGAAACAGUCGUGGUGGUACGUUCUGAGCAACGAGACACAGAUUCAGAGAAAAGUCGAUCGCGCGGUGAAUUAUUGGACCGCAAUGCCGGGAGAAAGAAGCAGCAGCUGGGGUUUGCUUCGAGAAGCCAACAGGGGCAAGCGAGGAUCGCAGGAACUCGAGGACAAUCUUCCCGCCAACAAGCAAAUGAAACCAUACCACCAGGCAGCCGAAGACCACAGCUUAGUCAACGGUUGGUACUGAUACGUGUCCUUGCGAUUCGAUAGAGAUAAUGCGGUAUUUCAAACAUGUUCUACGAUAUCCUUACCUAAAAUUGCUUACGGUGCACUGGACUAGCACUAUCUUUCGUGCACGGUAGCCAGUAACCUUGAAGAAUUCUUACAGCCCUGGACUUGCGAAGGAAACAAGAAGAAACUUUUUUUAGUGUUGAUUUGUGUAGUAGCUUUCGUUGAAAACCUUCUACUUCCUCUGUCCAACAAUGACCGUCCCAUGACUCCUUUUCUGCUGUCCAGCAGUUAUGAUAGUCCCCCAACUGAGUACUUGGUACUUGUAACUCGUACCUAGUUGGAUGCUGUAACCGUACUGUCAGUACAAGAAACAUGUUUCAACUUA